CCCAGGGUCGAAAGGUGAUCUUCUGACCUGGUUUAUUCUUUUCAAAUGACAUGAAUAUGUAUAAUCUGAAUAUUGGGAAUGACACUGAAGUUGAUCAAAAUUCGGUUUUGGUUCAAGUAUUUUGUGUGGUUGUUCAUGCUAGGAUUCUAAAGAUCUUGCAGCAGUUGCUUCCUCUGCUUUCAGUGAUUAUUGUCAUCAAACUUAAGCAAGCGGAGUGACCUUUCAGCUUUGGUGACGUGGCACCAAUGACUACUUUUUGACCCCAGUAAGUUUGUUCUUUAGUAGUGUCACUUUUCUUCAACUUCAUCCUAAGCUCAUGCAUUGUUUGACAUCUAACUACUACCUGGCUUAGCUUGAGAGCAUGAAAUCAGUAAAUGUCAUAUCAAGUAUCAUUCACCGACUUCACUGGUUCUACUCAUCAUCAUCAUGAGCUUUGUUCCAUUUUCUUGUGUUUUAAUAAUAGUAAAGAUGCUGAUAUUUUACCAAUUUGACUUGUAAAGUACAGUGACUGGUGAUGCAUUGCAGAGGAAAUAUUGAAUUGAACAUCAGCUUCAGAAAUUUCCUCAUCAAUUAAACUCAUAAUUCUUUCAUGCUUGAUUCUUCUUAUUUUUUUAUCACAGUUUGCUUUCAGAUACUACAACAAUAGCCCACCAGCUCCAAAUUUUUUGGCUAUAUCUGUUCAUACAUUCGGAGAAGCAGAUGGUGAACAAGGGGCCUUAAUUUUGGUGAGACUUCAAUAUAUGCAUCUUGCUGCAUCCUUAAGCGUUUGUCUCUGCUUUUGUUGUGGAUAAUUAUGUCAUCCAUGAGUUUGGACUUUCUAGGCAGUUGGGACAUCUCCAAGAACAUGAGGGACUCAUUUUCAAAUCAAUUCGAGAUGUCGAUGCCUCAAAGUGACUAUGGAAACAGACAUUCCACCUUAGAUCACAUCACAAAGAACUCUAUAUGCUCUCUGCUUCUCAGUUUCUCAAUGUGUGAAACCAUGUCUACUGAAUGUGAACCAAAGAAGCGUCGAUAUGACCUGAGCAUGUCUAGAAGAACAAGAAAGCCUUUUUCAUGCACUGCCAAAGAAACUGAGCUUCAGAAAAUCAGCGAUGGUGAAAACCGUGUUUCUCUGAAGGAGUUAAUGAAUGAAGGCAACGAAGGAGGGAAAGCCAAAGAGAAUGCUACUUUCGAGAUGAAGAAGAAUAUGUCCAUUGUUGUAAGGCAAGGUGAAGCCGGAGAAGGGGGAAAAAUGUCGGGAAUUAUGAGUCGGUAUACGAAAAUUUUGAGUCAUUUGAUCAAAGCCAAGAGGGAGACAAAGAAAAGAGCAAAUGUGAAACUAUUCUUGCAGCAGUAAAACAGAUUUUGCAGGUGUUGCCACUCUACUUUGUUUAUUGUAUAUUUCAAGAGUUCUUGUGAACUUUUUUUAUUUUUUAUUUUUUAUUUUUUAUUUACUAUACAUUAUUCACCAUAAUAGAGAUUCGGAACGUUACAAUGGAUUGGAAUAAGUUGUU